AUGGGGAACCAGCCAUCUACAGCUGAACGGAUGGUCUUGACCGCUUGGCAAGGCUGGGCCCCACAAUUGGGUAUCCGGGUCUCGGAUGAUGACUUCAUCAGGCUCCUGAGUUGGGCUCGGGACCAUGGAUUCCCUGCAGACCUUAGUUUCGCCUUUGAUCGUAAGGUCUGGAAUGAGUUGGGCCGGUGCCUCAUGAAGAAAGUGAGGAAGGGGGACGCUACAGCGUCUGCUCUGUUUGCGAUCUGGGGAUGCAUUUAUACGGCCUUGCCUCGUAAGUCCCCCAGGAGCAGUGACUCUGAAUGGGGGUUCUCGGGAACUGAAGAUACCGUUUCGAUAUGCAGCGGUGUCUCGGGAAUCAGUGGGCGGCAGGCGGGCGGGGCGGUGCCCAGGCCCGGCACGGCGCAGAGUGGGUCUGUGAGAGACGAUGGGACGCCCCGCGGACUUUACAUGUCGCCGGGAACUCCUGCUAAGCCCGAGUAUUCCCGUCCCCGUGACUACGUUCAGCCGAGAUCUUUGCCGACAGAUCGACCACUGAUUGCGCAGCAGUCUGUGCCACAGCCGACUGCGCAAGCGCGUUCUACUGUGGGCGCGGUGCCGAUGGCUUCGGCCACCUUUCAGGCAGAGGCGGGGGUGCCUUUGCCCCAACCAUCGGUUUCAGUACAUCCGACACUGCAGAGCUUGUGGGGGGAGGGGCGGUGCAGCCCGCGGCACGUGACGCAGCGGGGGGUGCAGCCCCCCGGCUCCUCCUCUGUUGACUAUGGCGCCUGCGCAGAUGUAUGGGUCCCGCCCCCAAGCAUCGCCGAGAUCGGGGAUGGCCUCUUUGACCCACCCCCUGGCACGCCCCCCGCCGCCUGGGGGGCCCCGGUUCUGCCGACGGGGCGAGCGCAGUUGCCUCCUGGCCUGCCCCAUGGCGCGCCGGAUACACUGGCUGACUUGAUUUCUUUCGCGGUGCCGGCGUCAGUCGGGCAGCAGCAUGUGCUGGGUGGCACCUCCAUGACGUCUUCGGGUCGGCCCUCUGGGGGACGGACUUCUGUGUCGGGGGAGGGAUCAGCCCCCGCCCCAUCUGCCAGGGCGCCACCCCGAUCGGCCGCGGGGCUCGUCGCUUCGCCCGCUGCCCCGCCCGCUGUGGCGGCGACAGCAUCGCCUCUGUCCCUCGUUUCGCCCGCCGCUCCAGCUGCAGUGUCGCGGGCUCUGGCUGAUCCCUUCGUGCUGCCGCCUGCGAUUAGACGAUUCACCGAGGUGCCGGUCGCGGCUCCGGUCCCCGCCCCGCCACCGGCGGCUGCCCCCUCCUUCUCGGGGGCUGCGGGCUCGGAAGCUGCGUCCAGUUCUUCUGUCUUGCGGUCAACAGCCGCUUCGCCGGCCUCACUGCCUCCCGUCAGCCCGCCUGCCCGUGCGGAUCGCAGGCUGUCCUGCUUGCCCCCCUCCCAGGGGGCUGGCAGUGACAGUGAGGAUCUCUCCUGCCCCACUCCGCCGAGGGGGCGUGACCGAAUGUCGGAACGUCGGCACCGCCGGGGGGAACAGGCGUCUCAGAGAGAGCUGUGGACGCUGCCCCCCUGUCGAGUGUCUGUGCGGCCGAUAAACCCCCGCCGCUUCUGGGAGGCGGUCAGACAACGGGCUUUGGAGGCUGGUGACUGGGAUCUGAUAGAGCGGGUUCUAAGAGUGAUAAACACUGACCUGCGGGCUCCCUAUGAUAUUAAACAUCUGGCCUCUGUGUUGUUUCAACCGGUGCAGUUUGACGUCUUUAUGAACAACUGGAGGAGGUUGGCUGAGAGGGUUGCAAUUGAGAACGCGCAUUACCCUCAGACAGACCCUAGAUACUGUGUGGGGGUGGAUGCGCUCAUGGGGCAGAAUGCCUUUGCCAAUCCUGAUGUUCAGGCUACUUGGCACCCCAUCAUCCUUGAGCAGGCCCAGAAGGUGGGCUUUGCUGCAUUGAUGAAAACUAUGGAGACGGCCGCUCCCAAGCAACGAUAUGUGAAAAUAGUACAGGGAGCCAAGGAAUUGUUCUUGCCAUUUGUUGAAAGGCUUGCAGCUGCUUUGGAAAAGCAUAUCGAGGAUGAAAAUUUAAGGCAGGUCUUGUGCAAGACUUUGGCAAGGGAGAAUGCAAAUGAAGACUGCAGGAAAAUUAUAAAUGCGUUGCCAGGUGACCCAUCGUUGACAGACAUGGUCGAAGCUUGUUCCAAAGUUGGUACGGUGGACCAUAAGAUGUCUGUCUUGGCAGCGACCUUGCAGGCAGGCAGGCCAUCCUCUGGGACUGGUCGACGCAAGAAGGGGAAAAAGAAGGGCAAGCAGGGCAGAUCAACGGACGCGCGGGAAUGGUGGUUUUGGAUCCACUGGACCACUGCAGAUCUUCUGGUCUGCUGUCAUUUCUGCCGACCGUCCACAAAUGACGUGCUCCGUGAUUCUACCGGGUGCCAGUCCGCCUUCGAUUCAGCUGCAAGCUCCAAUCACUCUUUGGGGGCGGGAUGUGCUGGCAGCCUGGGGGGUACGGAUCGGGACGGGUUUUUGCUAGGGGCCACUGCGCAGAAGGGCGCAGAAUAUCCUAUGCUGCCUUUACGGUGGCUGGUGACCAGACCUGUCUGGGAGAACCAGUGGCCCCUACCACAUGAAAAGUUAGUCGCCCUUCAUGAUUUAGUUCAAGAUCAGCUUCGCCAGGGACACAUUGAACCUUCUACCAGUCCCUGGAACACUCCUGUUUUUGUUAUUAAGAAAAAGUCGGGGAAGUGGAGGCUGUUACAGGACCUCCGGAAGGUUAAUGCAGUCAUGGAGAGUAUGGGGGCAUUGCAGCCUGGUAUGCCCUCACCUACCAUGCUCCCCGCGGGAUGGAAAAUCUUAAUUGUUGAUCUGAAGGAUUGUUUCUUUACCAUCCCGUUGCAUCCUGAUGACAGGCCAAAGUUUGCCUUUACCGUGCCUGCCAUCAACAAUGCUGAGUCUGUACGGAGAUAUCAAUGGAAAGUUUUGCCACAGGGCUGCAAGAACAGUCCGACUAUUUGUCAAUGGUAUGUGGCUCAGGCCUUGUCUGGAGUCCGCGAGUAGUUCCCUGACGUGUAUUGUUAUCAUUAUAUGGAUGACAUCCUGGUGGCGGCACCCACUCAGGAGGAACUGCUGAAGGUAAAGCCUCAGUUGUUCGCCGCCUUGCAUUCAUAUGGACUGCAAGUGGCUCCGGAAAAGGUUCAAAGCCAUCCUCCUUGGAAGUACCUAGGAGUCAAAAUUCUUGAACGAACUAUUCAGCAUCAAGAGGUGCAACUCCCAAAGUCUAUCACGACCCUGAAUGAUGCUCAGAAAUUGCUUGGGGUCAUCAAUUGGUUACGUCCCUAUUUGGGACUGACCACAGAGCGGAUGUCCCCUCUGUUCAACCUUUUAAAGGGGGACCCAGAUUUGAAUUCACCUCGGAAAUUGACUCCUGAAGCGCGACAAGCGUUGGAGGAGGUCCAACAGGCUUUGUCUGCUCGUCAAGUUUAUAGGGUAGACCCUUCCAUUGAUAUCACUGUUUUCAUUACCUGUCCAGACAGUCAUCCCACAGGUGUCAUUGGCCAAUGGAAUGACAAAUGGCCUGAUCCUUUGCACAUCUUGGAAUGGGUCUUUUUACCCCAUCAAUUGAAAAAGACGGCGUCUUUGCUGCUUGAUUUAUUUGCCCAGUUGAUAAUCAAAUGCCGUUAUCGGUGUUUGCAGCUGAUGGCAGCUGAUCCCGCGAGGAUCGUUCUUCCAGUGGAGCGGAACACUUUUGAAUGGUAUUUCAUUAACAGUGCUUCCUUGCAAAGUGCGCUGAAAAAUUUUCCAGGGCAAAUUGUUUACCAUCUGCCCAGUCAUAAAUUACUGCAACUGGCGAAAACAACCAAUCUGUCCUUAAGACCAAAAAACAGUCGAGUGCCAGUGCGGGGACCCACCGUCUUUACCGACGGUUCGGGGAAAACGGGAAAGGCCAUUGUGACCUGGAAGGAUGAGUCUGGAUGGCAAGUGUUGGAAGGCCACGUGUCUGGUUCAGCUCAAUUGGUUGAACUGAAAGCUGUUGCAGUGGUGUUUCAGAGAUUCUCUCAGAUGCCUUUGAACUUGGUCACUGACUCUGCUUAUGUUGCAGACAUAACCCAGCAGUUGGACUGCUCACUGCUGAAAGAGGUCAACAAUGCAGUUUUGUUUCAAUUGUCGAGAGCUUUGUGGUGCGCAAUUCAGGCCCGAGUUCAUCCGUACUACAUCCUGCACAUUCGGAGUCACACCACUUUACCAGGUUUUAUCACAGAGGGUAACGCCAGGGCUGACAGGUUAGCCAACCCGGCAUGGGUGGCGCCUCAGCCUGACAGAACUGCGCAAGCCAAGGCAUCACAUGAUUUCUUUCAUCGAAGUGCACAUACUCUGCAGAAGCAAUUCGAUCUGACGUCAACCGAAGCUCGUGACAUUGUCAGUUCUUGUGCUGACUGUCAUGGGUUUGCUGCGCCUUUACCGGCAGGGGUGAACCCCAGAGGCCUAAAGGCCUUGCAGCUUUGGCAAACGGAUGUCACUCACAUUGCCGAGUUUGGUCGACUCAAGUAUGUGCACGUGUCUAUUGACACCUUCUCCUCCGCCAUGUGGGCAUCUGCUCACACCGGGGAGAAGGGUCGUGAUGUGAUUGCCCAUUGGAGAAUGGCUUUUGCAGUUUUGGGAAUACCUUCAAGUGUGAAGACUGACAAUGGCCCUGCCUAUGCCUCACAGAAGACGCGUCAGUUUUUACGCUUGUGGGGAAUCUCUCACAAGUUUGGCAUUCCACAUUCAUCAACUGGUCAAGCCAUCCUUGAACGCGCUCAUGGUACUCUAAAGCGUGUUCUGGAAAAACAAAAAGGGGGAAUGCCCGGAGAGACCCCACACAGUAGGUUGGAGAAAGCUUUAUAUACAAUCAACCAUUUGACAGUGCCGAAAAAUUCAGAGAUUCCUGUUAUCCUGAAUCAUUUUCUUUCAUUGCAUCCAGCGGGUGAGGCGCAUUUGCCCCGAGCAAAGGUCUGGGUGCGGGACCUUGCCACAAACAAGUGGGAAGGCCCGUGCGACCUCAUCACUUGGGGCCGCGGGUAUGCAUGUGUCUCCACAGGUACCGGGGUACGAUGGAUACCUGCGAAGUGUGUGCGCCCUGACCUGCGACAGCAGAAACAGAAGGUGGUCAGGAGACGGUCUUCAGACAGUGACCAUGGCGCUGACCACCCGUCACAAUCUUCAGACGAAGACCAAGACAUCGACCAUCAGCCAGCUGGUCCCUCCACAAGCGGAGAGUGAACAUUUGUUUAGUUUCCGGAAACAGACUGUUGACGAGUUAGGCUGCCUGUGUAACACGCAGACUAACAAUGCUUUGGAGUUGGUGAUGGGUUUCUUGAAAUUAGUAGUUAAGUUGAUAGCAAGUUAUAAUGUAAGAAUAAGUGGAAAUCUCUUUGACUGAACUGAGCUGAUGUUUGAUGGGGGUUUC